AUGAGUUUCAUGGAGUUCAUCUCGUAUGUAAAGAAGUUGGUCAAGGAUGGAAGAAUCAAUGUGUACUAUUGUCUUCCACAACGUUCACUGAGAGAUGGGUUAAGAGCCUUGGAAGAUGAAAAUCAUUAUGUUCGUUUCCUUGAUGUUGGAUAUGAGAAUGGGGGUACGAUCAAUUUGCACAUUGAUCACAGUCAGGAGACAGUUAUGGAGUGGAUUGAAGAAGAGAUAGCUGAAGAUGGAUCGAUAGAUGGUAAUACAGAUGAUGAUGAUGAUGAUGUAGACUCUGAGCUUUCAGAUAAUGAGUUUGUGGAGCAUGAACCUGAUGAUGAAGUGAUACAAAUACAACCAUCUGAUGGUCAUUUCAUUAGAAGAAAAUUUUUCAGACCUCCAAGAGUUGUAGAUGAUAAGAAAGAUGUCAAAAAAGAUCUUCAUAAGUAUCCAGUUCAUGAUCCUAACCAAAAUGGGAUACAAUGGUUCCAGUCUUAG